GGUACUUUCCACUCAAAUAGCAUUCAAGCAUUUAAGUAUUUCAGGUACUUUCCACUCAAAUAGUAUUCAAGCAUUUAAGUAUUUCAGGUACUUUCCACUCAUAUAGUAUUUAAGCAAAAAAUGGUUUAAAAAGUGUUUUUAUUUGUGUGUGGAAGGACAUAUUUGCAGCCAAGUGCUGUGUGUAUAUAAACACCAUUGCACUGAAGUGUUAUUGUGACUGAGCCAUAAUUUCUUGUACAGGACUGUUAUUACCAUCACACCUCAUCACAACGCUUUACAGACACAAAUGUUUUGCACACGUCACUCAAGCACAGAAGCAGGAAACUCUUUACUUUCAGUUCAGAGAAAGAGAAACUAGAGUGUAGUUGAGCUGUUGCAUCUCUGUAUUCAUGCAGUAAAAUGGCAGAAGCCAGAUUUUCUGAGGAUGAGUUCCUUUGUACAGUGUGUCAGGAUCUCCUGAAGGAUCCAGUGGCUAUUCCCUGUGGACACAGUUACUGUAAGAGCUGUAUUACAGACUUCUGGGAUCAGGAGGAUCAGAAGAGAGUCUACAGCUGCCCUCAGUGCAUACAGACCUUCAGUCCAAGACCUGCUUUAGCUAAAAGCACCAUGCUGGCUGAAGUGCUGAAGGAACUGAAGAAGAUUAAACUUCCUGCUGACUGUUUCGCUGGAGCUGGAGAUGUGCAGUGUGACGUCUGUACUGGAAGAAAACACAAAGCCGUCAAGUCCUGUCUGGCGUGUCUGGAGUCUUACUGUCAGAAACACCUUGAACAACAUGAGAGUUUUUUAAAAAGAAAGAGACACAAUCUGACUGAUGCCACUGGACGACUGCAGGAGAUGAUCUGCCAGAAACACGACAAGAUCCUUGAGGUUUUCUGCCGCACUGAUCAGAAGUGUAUAUGUGUGUUGUGUACGAUUGAUGAACAUAAAAGCCAUGACACUGUAUCAGCUGCAGCACAGAGGACAGAGAAACAGCACCGGCUGAAGGAGACGCAGAGGUCGUUCCAGCAGAGGAUCCAGCAGAGAGAGAAAGAUCUUCAGAAGCUGAGAAAGGGUGUGGAGUCUCAUAAGCGCUCUGCACAGACAGCAGUGGAGGACAGUGAGAGGAUCUUCACUGAGCUCAUCCGCUCCAUUGAGAGAAGCCGCUCUGAGGCCACACAGCGGACCAACGAUCAGGAAAAGACUGCAGUGAGUCGAGCUGAAGGACGACUGGAGCGACUGGAGCAGGAGAUCAAUGAUCUGAGGAGUAGAGACGCUAAGCUGGAGCAGCUUUCACACACACAGGAUCACAUCCAUUUCCUGCAGAGUUUCCAGUCUCUCUCAGCUCCUCCUGAAUCUAGAGACGUAAAUGACAAUCCCUUCAGUUCUCUCUCCUCUUUUGAUGUUGUGAGAGAAUCUGUCCGUCAGCUGAGAGACAAACUGGAGGAUUUCUGCAAAGAGGAGCUCAAGAAGAUCUCUGACAGAGCCACUUUCACCAACAUUGUUCCCAGGACCAGGAACGACUUCCUACAAUAUUCCCAUCAGUUCACUCUGGAUCUGAACACAGUGAAUAAACGCCUCCAUCUGUCUGAGAGGAACAGAGUGAUUACUUACACUAACACAGAGCAGCCGUAUCCUGAUCAUCCAGACAGAUUUGAUGUUAUGUGGCAGGUGUUGUGUAGAGAAAGCAUGUGUGGACGCUGUUACUGGGAGAUAGAGUGGAGUGGUGUUAUGUUCGGUGUGUUUAUAUCAGUGUCAUAUAAGAGCAUCAGCAGGAAGGGACGAGGUAACGGGUGUUGGUUUGGAUAUAAUGAUCAGUCCUGGAGUUUGAGGUGCUCUUCCUCCAGAUACUCAUUCAUACACAAUAGGAUAGAGACUAAACUGCCUGUAAAGCCCAUCAUCAGCAGUAGAAUAGGAGUGUAUGUGGAUCACAGUGCAGGAACUCUGUCCUUCUACAGCGUCUCUGGAGACACAAUGAGCCUCAUCCACACAGUCCAGACCACAUUCACUCAACCGCUCUAUCCUGGGUUUUAUGUUGGUUUUACUGGAUCAUCAGUGAAACUGUGUUGAUGAAUCAGAAUAGACUGUAGAGAGAUUCUACCCAUAAUGCUUUGAGCUCAUGAUAAAUCAGUAAAAGUGAGAUGUUGUAGAGUCUUUUACUUUCUUUUUAAUUACAUAACAGUUUUUCUCAAUCGAUUUGACACAUUUCUCCAAAGUAAUGUAACUGCUCUCAAAACAGUUAACUCAGUGAUCUAAACACACACUUACCUCAGCCAAACAGUUCAACUUUAAUGCAAAAUAAAGCACUGCAUUUUUUCUAGUAAUGCAUUUAUUAAGUAAAAACUACAGGCGUAUUGUCUAUUGAUUUUAGAGCAUUUUCAGCUGUGGAUGUAGAAAUACACUAAAGAAAAUACAUGUUUAUUGUAAUGUUUGUCCAACAGGUUUCGUUAUAUGGGUCAUUGACAAAUAAAGCUUAAAAAAAAAGGUAUUUUUAAAAAAA